AUGGCGACCGAACCAGCGCCCGGGCCGCCAGCCCCCCGGCGCUCCCUCACUUCCGGCACGGAGCCAGGGCGGGGCCGGAAGUCACGGCGCGGGAGGCGGGACCGGAAGUGGCUGGCUAUGGCGGCGCAUUUGACUCCGCGGUUCAGGAGACUCCGCAGCCAGAGCGAGCUGAGCGCGCAGCGGCGGCAGCGGGGCGGAGGAAGCAGUGGUCCUUUUCAAGCAACUCGGUUAUGGAAUGGCAUUAUUCAUGCUCUUCAAAGCCAGGUGGAAAUAAAAAGAAGACGACAACAUCUAAAAACGUACAGAAACUGCUUUACUGGCUCCAAUGCUGUGGAUGUGGUGCUGGGCUAUCUUAUGCACAGUAUGUACUUAAGUAGUAAUGAUCUUUCUCGACUGAAGGGAGUCCGUCUGUGCCAGGCUCUGAUGGAUCACAAGGUUUUUGAACCAGUUGGACCAAAACUAUUCAAGAAUGAGAGAGAGCUAGAGUUUGAAGACACAAGUAAUAGUCUUUAUAGAUUUCUGGACAGCCAUAUUUCUCCUCUUUUAUUGAAACGGAAAGAAUAUAUUGAGAAUUUGUCCCCUGAGGAAAUACUUGAACUUAAGGCGAAAAAACUUUCACGAGCAAAAUGUGAAACAAUUUCAAAUCCCUUAGCACUAGAAGUUGCUGAUAAAAGGAUAGAGGAACUUCUACAAACUAUAAAUGUACAUCCAUCUUUACCUUUAAAGAACAUAGUUAAUGAACCAGUCUGUCUACUUUCAAAGAAAGUUAUAGAUGAUGUCUGGAAACAACAGACUCUGUUACGGCUACUGCAGUUAAUUGAUCUUCCAGUCCUGGAAAAUAUUUUGGAGUCUCCAAACAAGAGGAAAAAUGAUCAUCUUGGCAAAGAAGAAGAUCUGAUUAUCUCAAAUACUUUCCUUGACAGAGAGGUUACAUGCAGCCUAAAUUUGCCAGAGCUUGACAAAUGGCUUUGUGCAGCAAUUGAAUGCUUGGAGUAUUUUCCAGACCAGCUAAUAGUGAUGGUUGGUCAGCAGUUAUUUCAAAUCAGUAACGAACCAAGUCACUUGAAUAUGCACAAGAAGACACUUUUUGAUGUGAUAGCAAAAUAUUAUAAUCAAGUGAGGGACCCCCUUUUCAACAAUCAUGAUCUUGAUAUUCAUUCAGGAAUUGUUGAACUUAUAGAGAAUGGAAAAAUAGCACAAGCCCUGGAGGCAUCGCAGCUUUACUUAAGAUUACUAGUGCCGAACAUCCGAGAAGAACUGCGUAGGCUACUGAUGUUUAUGGUUGUUGCAUCAGAACCUGAGGGCUACACGUUACAAAAACAAUUUGAUAAUAGAUCAGUGGUCAUCAAGAUUUUUACCAAGGCCAUUUUACAAAAUAAAGGAUUGUCAAAAACACAGACUGAACUGCUAAUCCAGUUACUGAUGAAAAAUCAUACUGAACUCUUCAAGACCCCUUUAAUUCUGCUGGAACUAAUUGGCAAGAAACUUACAAGUUUGCUGGAAGGACAAGAUCCUGAUGCCAGUUCAGGCUUCACCUUUUGUCAGCAUUUGACUCCUGAAGAAUUUGAAGACCAAAAGCAACAAACAAGGCACCAUCUUCAAGAGUUGAUUCAAGAGAUGGACAGUAAUCCCACCAUUUCUCUGAAGCAGAAAAAGAAGCUAUUUAAAGAAUUCCAAAAGCAUCAUUCUGUAGCACUGUUGUAGUGAUUUUGAAACUGAAUGCGGUUUUGCACUGUAAUGAAAUGUUUAAAUGAGCCUCGUCAACUAUCGUUUUUAGAAUGCUGACAUAAUGCUUAUGAAAAGGACUCCUUUUCAUAAGCAUUAAUUGUUAAAGGGUUGUAUUUUUUUGAACAACCCCAAUAUUAGACAUUGUUUUUCUACAGUAGGUAAGCAUGCUGGGCCUCUAUUGCUGCUCUAAGUUUAAAGUCUGGUGACGUUUCCAUUGUGAAAACUGUCUGAGUUAAUAGUCUGACUGAAAUUCUGCAUUUAAAGCACUUUUACUCUGACUUAAGUUUGAGUUACUAAAUUUCUAAGUAUUUAAAAUUUAGUAUGUCUGUAGUUCAUAAAUUUAAUCUAGUUCUAGGACUUAUCUACACGGAGAGUUGGUGUGCAUACAGUGCAUUAGUUGGGGAGUAUGUCAAAGUGCACUAUGGAACUUUUAAUGCACCAUAGCAGCAUCCACAUGGAAAAUUAAUAUGCAGCAAUCUAGUGUGCUGUAUGUUCACAUCCUAGCUUGCCACAUGGACAAGCCUCAGGGAUCUAUAGGGCACAAAUAUAACUAAGUGUGUGCUGCAGAAAACGGACUUAUGUUGGUGUACACUAGAGCCCUGCACGGUACUUUUUUUUUUUUUUAAAUCCCACUCCCACCCACUCCCCCAUUGUUUCUUAUAUUUUUAUCCCACUCCCACCUUAGAACCCACAAGAGAGACAGAUUCCUCUAUUCUACAGGGGAAAAAACCUGUGAAAUAUAUUGCAUAAAAAAGUAUGGAAUUCAGCCACAAUUUUACCACCAAAAGAAUAACACAUCUUCCUUAAACCAUGUAAAAAAUACUUUAACUCCUGGUAUAAUAGACAUCAAAUCUUUCUAUCCCUCCCUUAAAUUUAAGUAUUAAAAGUUUUGAAGUGUUUUCUUGCAAAUUACCACAGUUAUGUGGAUUUUUGUUUUUUUUACCCACCCAGUCUCACCCACGACAAAGUUAUUAUGGCAGCGGAACCUAUGGGAUCCCAGUCCCACUGCAGGGCUCUGUUCUACACCAUAGAGACAGGGAUGGGCAGGUUUGUGUAGUAAAUGUCUGAUACAGAAAUGUUGGAUUCCGGAUUAUAGCUGUGUAUAGUAUGUUACCAUAAUGGUUCUUUGAGUAAUUCUUAAAUUAUAUUGUCCUAUUAAGACUUAAAUAAUUGCCUUAACUGAUAUAUUUAAAGUGUAUAUGUACCAGUUAAACACUUUAGUAUGAGGCAAUAACUCUUACCUGUGGAAAUGUCUUACACACCCUUAGUGUUAGAUUCCUGUUAAACUGAUGAAAAAUCUGAAGUAACUUUCUUCAGUUAUUUUAGUUUUGGCUAUGGCAGCUGAGUCCUUGGUAUUUGCUGCUUCAAACAUAGCCCGAGUUAUACCUUUUAUGCACAGCUUGUGCUUUGUAAAAUUCUGAUUUAAAAACUUGCAGAAUGUUGAAUAAAAGUUGAGGAGUAGAUUACUUUAUCUAUGAUGACCUCAGAAGUCUAUGGGGAGGAGGGAGAGCGUGUGAGGUAUAGCUUCAGUUCUUUAUCUUCUCUCUACCUUCUACUAUAAUGCUAUGAAACAUUAAUUUUUGGAAAAAAUAGGAUUUAGACACCAGCUUUGAAAUAUACAUUAUAAGAAUGGCUAAAAUUUAGAAAGAGACAGCCUAACAUCUUGGGCUGCAGCACAGCUGUUUUUGAGGAAAGUUUUGGAACUUGAGUAGAUUGCGUAUGUGCACUUUUAAAAAAAAUUUAUCCUUAAAUUGGUAGAUCUACUGGAAUGAUCUUGUAUUAGGAAUUUAAAAAUUAAGUGUCAAUGUAUUGCUGUUAUAAAGAAUUGUAUAAGAGGAUUGGGAAAAGAUCAGUAUUUUAUAUUAUGACUUAAAUUUCACAUUAAACAAGUUUUAAUGAUGUACGUACUUAAUACAAGUACAAAUAAACCUCUGUAAAUGACAAA